AGGCUGUGUUUUUAUUUUGACACUUACUCAAAAUAUGAAUAAAAAUAUAAAUGUAUUAUAAUAUUUGAGACUGUAAUGAACUGGCCACCGACACAGGAUAAGCACUUUGGAAAAUGGAUGGAUAUAGAUGGAUCGAGAUGGAUUGAUGGAUGAUCUUCGCGAGCCAUGGCGCGCCCUCUCUCGGCAGCCCCGGAUGGCUUCCUGCUUUUCGUCCGGUAUUUUUGUUGCUGCUGGAGGCGGAGCAUGGCGUGACACACAAACUGACGGUCAAGGGUGCGGAAGUUAUACACUCCACACAUUAAACCCAUAUUUUACUUUUCAUUUCUUCUCUUUUGCACUCUGAUCCGAUUAUAAUAGAGCGGAUGGAGUCUCAGUGUAAAGAGGAACCGGUGUUGCACAUCGUAGUGGUGGGAUUUCAUCAUAAAAAGGGCUGUCAGGUAGAAUUCUCAUAUCCUCCUAUUAUUCCCAGCGCGGGUCAUGACAGUCACACACUCCCAGAGGAAUGGAAGUACCUGCCUUUCCUGGCGCUGCCCGAUGGAGCGCACAAUUAUCAGGAAGACACUGUCUACUUUCAUUUGCCUCCUCUGGAAGGACAGCUGAAAUGUGUUUAUGGAGUGUCUUGCUACAGACAGAUGGAGGCUAAGGCACUGAAAGUACGAGAGGCAGAUAUCACGAGAGAGACUGUUCAGAAGAGUGUUUGCGUUCUCAGUCGAUUGCCACUGUUUGGUCUGAUACAGGCUAAACUUCAGCUCAUAACUCACGCUUACUUUGAGGAAAAAGAUUUCUCUCAGAUCUCCAUCCUAAAGGAGCUCUAUGAUCAUAUGAACAGAUCUUUAAGCUGUACAUCGCUGGAGGGAUCACAGAUUUAUCUGGGUCUGUCCGCCAGAGAUUUGAUCCUGCACUUUAAACACAAGGUUCUGAUUAUUUUUAAACUGAUUCUUCUAGAAAAGAAGAUCCUGUUUUAUGUGACUCCGGUGAAGAGAUUGGUUGAAACUCUGAUGACUGUCCUGUCAUUGUUUCCAGGUAUAAUAGAGCAUGGGCUAGCAGAUUCCUCUCACUAUCAGCCCCGGAGGAGCGUCUCGGAGGACUUCAGUUCACCAGAAAUCAUAUCUGCAGACGAAGAAUCAUUCUGCAUGUCUGCUACAGAUAUUACUGACAUACCAAAAGAGCUUGAGUGCAGGUAUGAUGUCAGUGACCAGCCGGAUCAAUCAAAGCCUUGUAACACUGCUCUGGACACACACUACCUUCAGCCUCACACAGGAAGCUUGCUGGACUCCUCAGAGUGUGAAUGGGAGACGCUGGAGCCUCAUGUGAUGGAUGAGAUGGAAGAGAAAGUGGACAUAGAUCAUUCAGAGAUGUUUGACACCGUUUCAGGGCUGCCAAUAACAGUACAGCCACAAUCAGCCACAGGACAGGGAACGUUGACCUCAGGCCUUGUAUCUGGACUCCAAGAAGACCAGUAUGGACUACCACUCGCUAUCUUUACAAAGGGUUACCUGUGCAUGCCAUACAUGGCACUCCAACAGCACCACCUGCUAUCAGACAUAAGUGUUCGAGGUUUUGUUGCUGGAGCGACCAACAUUCUCUUCCGUCAACAGCGCCACCUAAGUGAUGCCGUCGUGGAUGUGGAUGAAGCACGUAUUCAGAUCCAUGACCCAGAGCUGCGCAAAAUGCUGUAUUUAAGUACAGCUGAUCUGCGAUUCGCUGAUUAUCUGGUGAAACAUGUCACUGAAAACAAAGAGGAUGUGUUUCUGGACGGUACGGGCUGGGAGGGUGGAGACGAGUGGAUAAGGGCGCAGUUUGGCCUAUAUGUACACUCUCUGUUAUCUUCUGCUCUACAAGAAGAUCAUGAGCGGCUGUUGGCGGAUUAUGGAGCUGCGUUCACAUCCGCCUGGAAAAUCACACAUAACUACAGACUGUGGAUCAGCAACAAGCAUCCAGCGAUGGCAGAGAUCACUCCAGGACAUCCAUUCCAGGGUCAGUACAGUGUGGCAGAUGUAAAGAUCCGCUUGUCACAUUCAAUGCAGAACAGCGAGCGUGGGAAGAAAAUCGGGAAUGCUGUGAUGUCAACGAGCAGAAGUGUCGUGCAAACAGGAAAGGCUGUUGGUCAGUCAGUAGGUGGAGCUUUGACCGUCGCUAAAUCAGCCAUGUCGUCCUGGUUCUCCAUGCUGGGUCAGCCAACCGCAGCAGUCAGUGCAUCUCCACAGUCUACGGACUGACUAAGUACUUCUAAGUACUAAAGAGAAGACAAUACUGCAGACAUUGCACACAUCUCUGUUGUUUGGAUAUAUGACAAUGAAGAUUUUUAUAGAGAAAGAGAAAAUUUAAAAUAAAAAGAGAAUUAGAGCAGCUGUCUUGAUUUUAGAUUUAGUACUCAUUGUAGUUUCAUGGAAACAAAUACUAUAAUAAAUGUUUUUAUUACAGUAUUUGUUACCAUGAAACUACAAUGACAAAAUCCACUAUUUUCAGGUGUUCCAUGUGGGAUUGUUAAUGGUUUUGGGACUCAUGAAACCUGUCUAUUCUGAGAACAGGUUACCAAAUGUUUUUAUAGGUAUUUUUCCUACAAAUAGCACACUAAUAAUCUCUAAUGGCAUAUGAAAAUUAUACAUUGUGGUCACAAUUAGCCUGUGUUAUUUAAAGCUGUCGCUGUCCACUUUUCUCACAAAUAAAAAAACAGUGACACUAUAGAGUCUGUGCAUAAAAUGGACCUACAUCGUGUUCAGAUCAGUCAUAUAACUCAAUAAAGAGAAUGCAAUUUAACAAAUAUUACA